AUCAGCUCAAAAAUGCUGUCUCAUAACCGCAUCAUUGCAGCUGAAGUGGAAACAUAGCUAGCCAGUAAAUCCGUUGCAGAAAUGUAGAUUAGCUAGCUAGCAAGCUAAUGAUAAGAUCUGUGACUGGCACGGGACUCAAUCCAUUUGCCAGCAAACUUCACUACUCACAGAGUGGCGUUACAGUAACGGAGUUAACUAUCUUUCUAACUAACUGACACGACCAAACGUAGUCUAGCUCGCCAGGUUGUCAGAUUAGCCAGUUUGCAGUGUGGCUAGCCACCCGAGGGAGCCCGUUCAUCAAAAGUUUUUUGUGUUUAUAUGUGGAGCCUGCUGGAGUGAUGGAGGCAGAUGUGCACAACACAAAUGUGCCGGUGGAGAACGGCAGCCUUGCCCCCGUAGACCGCCUGCGCCAUGAGAGGUCUGACAGCCCAACGCCAGGUCUGGUGGAGGGUACGGAACCAGGGGCUGGACAGGACAGCGCCAUGUUCGUCCACGCGCAGUCAUUCGAGGACCUGACGGCGGAUGACGGUGAACAGGAGCAGGAGCUGGCAGAGGAGGGGACAGACGGGACCGUGGAAACGAAGGAACAGGAGUCGGGGGAGUCCAGGGAUGGAGGAGGGGAGAGCGGGGAGGCGCAGGACACGCAGGUGGAAGAGGAGCAGGAGGAUGAAGAGGCUCAGUCCAGCGGAGGCAGGGAUAAGGAGGAGGACGUGACCAGCGAGGCCUGGCGGAGGCACAGGAAGCACGUGUUCGUGCUAAGCGAGGCUGGGAAGCCCAUCUACUCCCGUUACGGCACAGAGGAGGCUCUCUCCAGCACCAUGGGUGUCAUGAUGGCACUGGUCUCCUUCGUUGAGGCGGAGAAGAAUGUUAUCCGCUCCAUCCACGCAGAGGACUACAAAGUGGUGUUCCUGCGUAAGAGUCCCCUGGUUCUUGUGGGCGUGUCUCGCACCCGGCAGUCAGAACGUGAGCUGACUCGCGAGCUCCUCUACAUCUACUACCAGAUCAUCAGCCUGCUCACGCUUACCCAGCUCAACCACAUCUUUCAGCACAAGCAGAACUACGACCUCCGCCGGCUGCUGGCCGGGUCCGAGCACCUGACAGACAACCUGCUGAGGCUGCUGGACCGGGACCCGGGGCUCCUCCUCAGCGCUGUCACCUGCCUGCCGCUGCCUAGCUCCUCACGCGACGUCAUUUCCUCCAGCCUGCAGGCUGCCAAGGCCAAGAGCCUGGUGUUCUCCAUCCUGCUGGCGGGGAACCGCCUGGUGACGCUGGUGCGGAAGAAGGACCAGUUCCUGCAUCACAUGGACCUCCACCUGCUCUUCAACCUGGUGGGCUCCUCCUCCUCCUUCCGCGAGGGCGAGGGCUGGACGCCCAUCUGCCUGCCCAAGUUCAACACCGCCGGCUUCUUCCACGCUCACAUCUCCUACCUGGAGCCCGCCUCUGACCUCUGCCUUAUCCUGGUCUCCACCGACCGGGAAGACUUCUUCAACCUGUCCGACUGCAAGCGCCGCUUCCUGGAGCGUCUCCGCCGGCGCAGUGCUUAUCAAGCCCUGCAGGAGGCGCUGCGGACCCCCAGCUACUCCGUGUCCCAGGUGGGCAUUGCUGAGCUGCGGCACUUUGUGUACAAGUCCAAGAGCUCUGGGCUGUAUACCAGCCCAGAGAUCCCGAUACCCUACCAGUCUGAGGAGGAGCAGGAGAGGCUCAUGGGAUUGUACCAGUACCUGCACAGUUGCAUGCAUCACCCAACACGCCCGCUGCGCUCCAUCUAUCGCUGUGGAGAGAGGGAGAACCUGCUGGCCUGGGUUACCAGUGGCUUCGAGCUCUACCUCUGUUUCAGCCCCUUGGGGACCAAGGAACAGGCGAUGGCCGCCGUCAGUAAGCUGCUGAAGUGGAUCAGGAAGGAGGAGGACCGUCUCUUCAUUCUCAGUCCGCAGACAUACUGAUGCCCCCCCCCCGUCUCCCUUCCUGCUCUUAGGAAACACCCAGGCUGUGAAGCACGACAUCUGCAGAGCAGGCCGCAAAAAACUCACACCUGAGCUAAACUCAUCAGAGCACUGUUAUUCAAAACCAGAGCUGAGAGCCAAUCAAAACCUCAACCCCUUCUACCUGCAGCUCAUUGAACACUUACUGAUCCCGAUCGAGCUCACUGAUCUUAUUGGUCAGAGGGCUUUCUGUGUUAAUUCCAAUUUGGCUCAUCCUCACCGUAGACAUGGGCUGCAGCCUAUUAUUAGUGGCUGAGUGGAGCGUUUACAUUGAACCUGCUCCUAGGGUAGUAGUGAUCCAUCUCAGCUUCUGCGGUCAUCAGGGUUUAAGCAAUGAGGGUAAAGUUUUACAGAAACUGAAUUUUAACUGAAUGGAAAGAACUGUGGCAGUGUGUCACUCCUUAGAUACACUGCUGGAACCACAAGCAGAACACACAGCAUUGCACUGUGUGAUUAACGCACUCAUCACAAGAAAGCUUCAUAGAUUGUCCAAUAGGGACGAGAAAUUCAGAUGUUACUGACGCUUCAGUGUAAGUUGGAAUGACCCUAACAAAGAUAAUAAUGUUAAAAUGACCCAUAAUGCCUAGUAUUUGAAUUUUUGUUGAAGUACUGAACAAGCAGACCUGUCACUGUAAGGAGUUACCAUCUAAACAUAUCAGAUACAACCUCUCGGUUUUUUGGCUUAAAGUAAGCAAAUGGGCACUCAAAAUGACACAGUCAGUGUGUCUCAGUUUUAAAGGAAAUCAUACUGCCAUAUAAGCACAUUCACCACAGAGUAAAGAUUUUAAAAUAACACAAGUAAGGGUCCUACAUAAAACUUGCACAGUGCCGCCAAGAACUGCAUAACACCUUUGUAAUCAAUGCAUAAAUAUUAAUAAACGAGAGUUACCAUAUACUCUUAUAGGGUGUACAGUGUCACCAUUCACAGUCUAAGUGGCAUUAUUCCAACAUACUAGAUCAGAAUGUCAUGUGAAAUGGAUGGUGACAUAGCCCACCCUAUGUCAGCUGGAUGUUGGUUGACAGUUUUUAUGAACGCAACAAAAGUGUUAGGUAGUGUUUAGGAAUGCUUAUUGUAGCUAUUAUGUAACACCUUCCAGGUGUUACCAGUUUAAAACAUAAGACAGGAAAUAAAUUUGGAAGGCAAAGUAGUUUGUGUAGCGUCAUGCUCCAAAGAAUGUAGCUAGGUAUUUAAUGACAAAAACUGGGAAUCUCUCCUUUUGCAGUGACCUUUAACUGUGAUGGAGUCUUUACUUUUAAAUGGUUCCUUUUAUUUUGUUCUGCCUUCUCAGACAUUCUUAAACAUGUUUUAAAUGUGCCUGUUCAUUCCAAUCUUUGUUUUCUUUUGUACUUUUAGAACAGAAAUGGUGAAAUGUUGCCCUGUUUCUCAUUUCCAAUGAUGUAUUUGUCUUUUUUGAUUUUUCUUUGUUGCUGCGAGUGCCUGCCUCAUUGUCAUGAAAAUCUAUGUUGGGGUUUACUGGGACCCUUCAAACUUUGCACAUACGUGUCUCCAUCAUGGGCUCAUCCACUGAUGAUGGAAAUGAUGCACAUGAGCAAGUUUAUUUAUUAUAGAUUUUUUUUUCCCUCUUCAGAUGCACCUUAGCAGAACAGACCAAUAACUAAUCUGAUUUUUUAUUACUGUUAACAUGAUUAUGAAAUUUACAUGAAUAUUCACAUCAAUCAACAGCCCUUUGUUUUCUUACCUAUUUUGAGUCAAACGGGUUGUUUUGUGAAGGGCAUCAAAGUAACAGAUGGGUACUUUUUCUUUCUUUGGUUAUUUUUCCAGCUUUGUUGCCCCUUCCCCUCCUAGCCUGCAUCACCCCAGCAGUGCUGUCAGACAGGGAUUUGUGACUGUGGCAGCUUGUGUCACUGAGGUUGUGAUAACCGUGUGCCAGAUGACUCGUGACUGCAGUUUGUGGCACAAAGCUCUUAAGUAUGCUGACAAUUC